AUGGAAGAAGAUGAACUCUGCUUCCCACAGCUCCUCAACACCUCCUGCAAGAAGCCAAAACCUCCUGACUCUGAGGCUGUGUUCAUUUACACCAUGCUUUUCAUAAUGUCUCUGCUGACUGUCAUUCUCAACCUGCUGGUCAUCAUCUCCAUCUCCCACUACAGGCAGCUCCACUCCCCCACCAACCUUGUCCUCCUCUCUCUGGCGGUCUCAGACUUCUUUGUGGGCCUCCUGGUAAUUCCAAUUGAGACCCUCAUGACAGGGACCUGCUGGGUCCUGGGUGACCUCCUGUGUGCUCUGUAUUUUCUUAUACCUUACAUCCUUAUCUCUGCCUCUGUGGGAAGCAUGGUGCUCAUAUCAGUCGACCGUUAUGUGGCUAUUUGUGACCCCAUGCAUUACUCCACCAGGAUCACUGAUAAAGUUGUUACUGUCAGUGUUUGUCUGUGUUGGAUCUUUUCUACUUUCUACGGCAUUUUCAUUUUUUAUGAUCACCUGAAGCAACCAGGCCGGUAUAAUUCCUGCUAUGGAGAGUGUGUGGUUGACAUCGUAGGAGAAGUGGACCUUGCUAUGGCCUUCAUCAUUCCUAUUACAAUCAUCCUAGUUCUGUAUAUGAGAGUGUUUGUGGUGGCAGUGUCUCAGGCUCGUGCCAUGCGCUCUCAUGUUGCAGCCACAGUCCAGUAUUCAAUGACUCGGACGACAAAGAAGUCUGAGCUGAAAGCAGCCAGAACUCUUGGUGUUGUUGUAGUUGUGUUUCUGAUUUGCUACUCUCCAUACUAUUGUCUCACACUCACAAGCGGCAGCAUCUUGGUUGGUUCUUCAACUGAGGCCUUUAUGAGUUUUCUGAUGUAUUUUAACUCCUGUCUGAACCCUGUCAUCUACGCCUUCUUCUACCCCUGGUUUAGAAAAGCUGUAAAACACAUUGUCACUCUUCAGAUUCUGCGGCCUGGUUCCUGUGAUGCAAACGUACUGUAGAGACACUGUGCUGGGAUUUUCUUUAUGAUAAUUGAACUGAAUUCAAACAGUAGUGCAUAAUUCGAUUGCUCAUAUCCAACUCAUUACAUGUUUACAUACAAGUGAAACUUUUUUCGUGUUUAUGUGCGAACAAACAACCCACAUUUUGUUGGACUUGAUUUCUCACUGUAAGAGUUGCAGUGCUUCAUA